AGCAGGAUGGCCCUCUCCUCUUAAACGUCUGUGCAAGUUGCAACCCGGUUUGUAAGAACUAAGAAGAGAGAUACAGAGAAUUAUCAUUGACGGAGAAAACAGAGGAAGGAAAGAUCUUAUGGACGCAGUUGAAGAUAUAGAGAUCGUAAUAGUCGGCGGUGGCCUCUGUGGGCUUGCUACUGCACUUGCUCUUCACAAAAAGGGAAUUAAAAGUGUAGUUUUGGAAAGAUCAGAGUCUCUGAGAGCAACGGGAGCAGGUAUUGCCGUUCACGCUAAUGGUUGGCGUGCCUAUGAUCAACUGGGUAUUGGUUCAGACCUCAGAAAAACUGCCCUCCCUCUUCAAGUGGCACGGACUGCAUGGCUUGACAGUGGGAAGCAACGAGAAACACCCAUCUCGGAAGGAGAAGCUCGCUGUGUUAUACGGAGUGAAUUGAUUGAAGCACUAGCCGCUCAUCUGCCGCCUGGCACUGUUCGCUUUGGAUGCCAAAUAGUUUCAGUAAAAUUGGACACACUGGCUUCAAGUCCAAUACUUCAGAUGCAUGAUGGAAAAAUAAUUAAGGCUGAGAUUGUGAUUGGAUGUGAUGGAGCCAACUCUGUCAUUGCGGAUUUUCUUGAGCUAAAGCCCCCGAAGCUUUUAUCUGCAUGUGCACUGAGAGGUUUUACAAAUUAUCCAAAUGGUCAUGGACUUGCCCCUGAAUUCAUCCGCCAAAAAAAAGGGCAAGCCCUGCUUGGGAGAGCUCCUGUUACUGAUACGCUGGUUUUUUGGUUCGUAGUUCUGCAAGCUUACCCUGAAGAUUCAAAUGUCUGGAAAGAUCCAGAGCUCAUUAGGCAACUUGCUCUGGAGUCAGUCAAGGGCUUCCCUACUGAGAUGAUAGAAAUGAUCGAUGGCAGUGACCUAAAGUCAUUGUCCCUCACGCACAUGAGAUAUCGAGCACCUUGGGACAUCCUAUUCGGAAAGUUUCGGAAAGGAACUGUGACAGUGGCAGGAGAUGCAAUGCAUGUUAUGGGUCCGUUCCUUGGUCAGGGUGGCUCAGCAGGUGUUGAAGAUUCCAUUGUGCUUGCUAGAUGCCUAGCACCAACGUUGCUGGAGGUAAAUUUGGAAAAGGGUGACAGGAGCAGGAUGGUGCAGAAAGUUGGAGAGGCACUGGAUGCAUAUGCAAAGGAGAGGAGGAUGAGACUAGUGCGGUUGUCUACACAAACUUAUCUUAUGGGAACGCUUCUAAUAGACUCUUCGCCGAUGGUGGUGAAGUUAGGUGUUAUCAUCGCCAUGGUGGCUCUAUUUAGGGACCCAAUCGGCCACAGUCGAUAUGACUGUGGCCGCCUUUAAAACCUACCGUUAUAGAGCUCAAGUUUUAGAGAAUAGAGAUAUCUCUGGUUGAAUUGAAUAAAUCCUACAUAUGUUGUUGAUACUUUUAUUGCCAGUGUCGUCAAAUGUUCUUCUCUAGUAUUGAUCAAUUUUAUUGGUGUUGUUAUAUGUACUAAUUUCUACCAGGAUUGCAUCAUUCCUGCUUUUCCAGAUGAGA